UCUAUUUUUCUGUCCAGCAUAUUUGUUGAUUUCUGCUGCUCGGAGCACUGAGGCAAUGGCUGAGCUGGACGUCCUCUCCACACCCUGUAACGUCCAGAUCAGUGAGGUGACCUGUGACUCGUUCCGUGUUGCCUGGGAGAUAACCCCGGAGGAUGCAGCACGCGUGACGCAUUACUUCAUUGAUCUGAGCCGCAAGGAAGGAGCAGAGCGGAACCGCUUCAAAAACAGAGAUGUGCCAACCAAGCUGGUGGCCAAGGCGGUGCCCCUGCCUAUGGCUGUAAGGGGCCACUGGUUUCUGAGUCCACGUACAGAUUACUGUGUGGCUGUGCAGACGGCCAUCCGACUGCCCGAUGGAGACUACCAGGUUUCCGAGUGGAGCCAAGUGGUGGAGUUCUGCACUGGGGAUUAUGCCAUCGAUCAUCUCCAACAGCUCCUGGAUAAAGCGCAGGGGGCGGCAGGGAGGAUGCUAAGUUUCUCUGUGUUCUACCGUAACCAGCAUCCAGAGUACUUUCACUAUGUGAGAAAUCAGUGUGGAGGUUUGAUGCUUCAGUCACUUAAAGACAACAGUGGAAGUCAUGGUUCCCCCAUCAAUAGCAAACUUUGUGGAGUCUUCCUCAGCUGCAACACCGAGUUCGACACAGGUCUUACUCCCAAAGAUUCCCCCUACGGCCCCCUGCGCUUCCAGAUCUCUGCGGCUCUCCUCCUGAAACCGGACACACACCUCUACUUCGCCGAUUUCUACUGCAUGUACACGGCGUACCAUUAUGUGGUGUUGGUGCUGGCCCCUGCUGGAUCAGAGGGAGAUCUUUUCUGCAGCAGUCGUCUGCCCAAGCUGGACAUUACGGCCAAUCCCUUUCUGACUUACGUUCCCGGAGAGGAACCUACGUUCCGUCAUGCCAGUGAUGUCAUACUGGAGGUUUUGUACACAGAAUCAAUAUCUCUGGACCAGGGCACGGUGACACAGAUCAGUGGCCAUCACCAGCUCAUGAGUCUGUCCACUGCCAACGCAAAGAAGGAUCCCAGCUGCAAAGUGUGUAACAUUAGUGUCGGACGCUGAGCCAAGAAUGCUGAGGGAUUGGCGUUUGAACUCAACAGAUGCUACAGAAUGCAUCUUUGAUAGAGGACAAAAAUAUAAGUUGACAUUUUAAUUGAGUUUUUCGUCCUCUUGUAUGCAAAGUUUAGGCACCCUUGGUAUAAAAUAUAAAAUUUAACUAAAAGUGUUGUAGAUGAGAUAAGGCAAAGCAUUCUAUAUAUGUGUAAUAUAAAUCAAAUUCAGAGGUCUACAUAUAUUGUUAAAACUAAGCCAUAUGAUGAACAUACUGCCAAACAUGUGACCUGUGUUAUCAAACUGGAAUGAGAGCUACGUACAAAGUUGAGGGCAGAAUCCCCAAGAGCCACCAGUGCAGCCUAAAUACAGCAUGACAUCUCCGCUACGAGUCACUAGAACUUUACUAGAGCGCUGUAACACCAUUAUUUAAAAAAAAUCCUUUCUUUAACUGGUCGAGCAUUGUCAAGUGCAAUCCAUACUCUCCCAUAGAGAUCCACGUGUGUCCAUUAUAUUUAAAUCACUUCCAUAUGUAUAAAACCAUUUAGUAACUCCUUGUGCCCUUGUAAACCCAGGUCCUUCAGAACCACGUCUCUGAGCAUCAGCCACUCUACCAGUUUCACCAAUUUUUAUUUUAGUCAGUCAUGCCAUCAGUCAGAAGUUCACAUACACCUGUAUGGAACACGCCAUGGCAGAUUGAUUGAUUUUUGCAACUGCUCUUUUGUCUGUUACUAAAUGAUUAAAACACACUUAUCUGA